AUGACAACCAGAUCGAGAAAAUCAAAGCGCAAGUUAGAAGUGGAGUCACCUCGGUUCAACUUCACCAAGAAGCUCCGGCUGAAGGUGUCUCGACGACGACGGAAAAAUUUAUCCCCGGUGCUUCUCAUCAACAACUCUGACCAUAAUCCUAGUUUUUCCAUGGAUUCCAGUUCUGACUCCGACUUCGUUGCCGGUGAAGUUUCCUGCAACUCCAGCAGAGCUUCCAUCGCCAGCAAGGAAAAUAAAAACUCGAGAAACGAAUCAUCAAUCAAUUCAGCGAUAAAUCUGAUCUCCGAGAAGCGAAAUGAGAAUGAAGUGGAAGUGUCAGAGUCUUCAUGCGCGGACUCCAAUUCGUUCUCCCGAAGCAGAAGCUCAAUUCUAAAGGUCAGAAACGGAAGAGAAUCUAAGAGUAUAAGAGGAGACGACAACUCUUUGGAGCUGCAUGUGAAAUCGGAUAUUACUGCCAUUAAGAAGUUCAAAAGUGGAAGUGAGAUUAAGAAACAGGACGUUUCAUGCGCGAAAUCAGAGAUUACUUGCGAGGAACAGUACAAUUCGAAGUCCUCCAGCUACGGAGACAUGAAAAUCUCUUCCGAAUCAAAUGGAAACGACGUCUCAUUUAGUUCUGGAGUUCGUGUGUUGAUUGAGGAGGAAACAAAUAACAGCAAGAAAAACAGAGCGUCGAAAUGUGAAUACUCAGAAGGUUCCAGAAACAUCCAGGUGGAGGACAAUUGCACGGAUUUAAUAGCACAAUCAAAUCAGGAAUCGGAAAUUUACAACAUCGUGGUGGACCUUGCUUGCUAUGAGGAUCUGCGUUGCCCUGAAGAUCUGCAUUUCUCAUACUGUGACGAUGAUGAAGAAUCGGAACAUUCCAGUCAGGGAACUGUAUUUUCUGAGUUUCAUUCCGAGAUUUUAGGUGAAUGCUCGCAGCCAGAAGUUUCGGAUUACUCUCCGUCAAUGUUCGUGGAUUCUGGAAGCCAAUUUUCGGGGGGAUCCGUAGGAGAAACUCCUUCCCCUAUGUAUUUGUUGUUCCUUCAGUAUCGCAAGGAGUUCACAACUCUUUAUUCUACUUCUCCAGUGAUGAACUCUUCGUCAAGCAACGAGGAUGAUGUCAAUUUUGGGAGAUUUGAAGAUUCUGAUGACGAGGACAGCUACCAGAUGCUGAGGAAGAGAGAGAGGAAGCAAGUCUUUGUGUCAAAUUAUGGUAAAAGAUAUAUCUCUACCACUGAAUUCGGAGAGACCGUGCUUGAGCAGCGUGCGCAGAUGGUUCACUGGAUCAUUGAGAUAGCACAGCAAUCUUGUCGAAAACAGCUUCGGCAAGAGACGAUUUUUCUUGGAGUCAACCUACUUGACCGUUUCCUAAACAAAGGAUACUUCAAAGUCGAAAAACACCUUCAAAUCGUUGGAAUAGCUUGCCUCUCGUUAGCGAUCAGGAUCGAAGAAAAUCAACAACACAACAGAAUGGGGCAAACCAAUUUCUAUGUAGGAAGCAAUAAGUACAGUAGAUGCGAGGUGGUAGCUAUGGAAUGGAUGGUGCAGGAGGUGCUCAAGUUUCAGUGCUUUCUGCCUACCAUCUACAAUUUCUUGUGGUUUUACCUAAAAGCGGCCAAUGCUGAUGCAGACAUUGAGAAGAGGGUCAAGUAUCUGGCAGUGCUGACACUGUCAUCUCAUGAGCAACUGUGCUACUGGCCUUCAACAGUUGCUGCAGCACUUGUAGUCCUGGCUGGUCUUGAAGUCAAUCAAAGAUCAUCGCUUAAAGUCAUAGAGACUGGAUUAUCCUUGCCUGGAGUGGCUGUUACGCUAUAUAGGAUAACACAAUUGGAGGCAUUGACUAUACGGCUCAGAUUGGUGGCAAUUGUUCCUAACCAUGACAAAUAG